AGAGAGAGAAAGGGAGAGGGAGAGAGACCUAAACGAGUGAUUGGCGAUUCAUGUAAGCGCUCAGGACGCACAGACGGAGUUGCACAACCAGCGCUCCAAAGGGACUCCAAAAAAGCAGAAAACCCGCAGCGCUCCUUCAGUUCUGCCAUCCAACUCUCACUGCAAGUGGAUAUCAUUUGCACUUCGAAAGACUUUUUCUUUCUUGAUAUAUUUGUGCGUUUACUCGUAGAGACUGUUUGGAGAGCACGGAUUUUGAGGAGCCUGAUUGAAAAAGAAAAUCCAUCUUUUUUUUAUUUGUGAAGACAUGCAUCGGUGCACAGCUGUGCUACUGUUGUUAGUGGUGGCUUUGUACUUCCUGAGUGCAGAAGCCUACAAGUGCAGGUGCACCAGAAAAGGACCAAAGAUCCGAUACAAGGAUGUACAGAAGCUGGAGAUCAAACCUAAACACCCGUACUGCCAAGAGAAGAUGAUAUUUGUGACAAUGGAGAACGUGUCUCGGUUCAAAGGGCAGGAGUACUGUCUUCAUCCCAAACUUCAGAGCACCAAGAAUCUGGUCAAAUGGUUCCGCAUCUGGAAGGACAAGCACAGGGUGUACGAAGCUUAAAACUUCGGCUGCCCAGCAUAUGUGGAUCAAGUGAGACAAGAAUAGAUGACACCAUCACCAGGACUGUUUUUAUGAAGUACAAGGUGUAACCUACAGUCAAACUGUACUUCUCCCUCUUCUGCCUGAGAUCUGUCAAACGCAUUAAGAGAUAUCUUUAGCUCGUGUAUAAGCUGGUGGGCUCAUUUUAGUCAGCCAUCAUGUAUUUACAGUCACUCACCAGUCCAGUCUUUACAGCCGUAGUUAUACUUGUCAAAUAGUGGACAAGACACCACCUGUCUGUGUUCAAACAGUUGUAGGUUUGAUUUAAAGGGACUUCUCUUUUGCUUUGGGUUUUGGGUUUCUUUCAAAGUGAAGAAUGUGUCAUUCUUAAGAAACAAGCAAACCAUCCUUUGACAGAUACAGUGUAGGUGUUUCUAUUGUUAAGAUUUUCACUUCUCUGUAUUCAACGUGACAGGUAUAAUAUUUGUACAUUGCCAACCUUUAGGAUCUGGUUACCUGUGUUUAAGAGGUUGUAGUAGAAAUGCAGCGCAAAAGGUUCUCAAUGAAUCUGAUUCUCUGUAAAUGUAGAGGAGAGGCAGUGAUUACAUAUAAUACAGAAGUUUCUAUUGUUCAGUCAGAUAGAGGAGAUCUACCACUGUGUGUGUGUGUGUGUUUAUCAGGUCCAUGCUAGUCAUAUGUGUCAAACAAACACACCACUCUGCAGCACACACUAAACCUGCAGAGUGUAUUUACAAUAGAUAUUAAAGAAUACAAAUAGUUCAUAUGUGCCAUUGCUACAUAAAUUACAGUCUGUGGAUUGGAGUUGAUUAUUAAAAAACACUAAGAGAGUAAGACUGUCUGCAGUUUACAUCAACAAAAGAAGAUCUGUUUUUCACUGGUCGAAAGAUUUUUUUAGUUCCACUCGCUGAAACAAAUGUGCAAUGAAGAAAUAUCUCAUACAAUCUCCCUGCAUAACCACUGUAUUGAGUUAUGAUCGCAUACUUAAGGGUAACGCUGGUGAUAUUUAAUUUUUUUGUUAAUGUGAAUCAAUAUCCCAUGAAAAUAGCCAACUCAGCAAUGCUUUACUCUGUCUCCCAGUACUUCUCAAAUUCCCUUUGGUACUCAGGCCCAGUUCCAUUCAUUCCUACUGAAGACGUAAAUAUUUAAAACACAAUAGAAAUAAACAUUUUUAUAUUAAAAAAAAAAAGGCUAACAAGCGUUAAGUGAGAAUUUGUUGAUAACUAUUUUCAGCCAUGGAUUUAUACACGUUUGAUUCUUUACUGAUUGUUUACAGCAGUACAGUGAUUACUCCAAAUCAACUACAGUGCCCAUUUUAUGGUAAAUAAAGAACCUUAUCAGCCACUGCAGCAGUGUAUCUCACUGAUGUGUUUUUAGAAUAGUACAUUUUGUACAACAGUGGAGGCACAGAGGAGGUACAGAGGAAUAAACUAGAUCAGGCUUUGGGUAGACAGACAAUAUUUACUAGGAUCUAUUCAGUGUUGUUUUUGUUUUUUUCACAGGAUUUGUUGACAAUAAAAAAAUACAGAGUAUUAUCAAACAUACUCUUUAAAACAGACUAUAUAUUGUGUUCUUAAAAUUGGACCAGUGCACAGAGUUCCAAAAUGUACCUCUUCUAUCUCUUAAACAGGUCAAUUUGGCUUACAACUCAAAUCAUACUGUUCACAUAUAAAACAGACCACGUUAAUUACACCACAGCAUUCAUCUGAAUAUAUUACAGACUGUUCAUUUGUACUGCUAAUGAUCAUUUCUCUGUCUCUUACAACCCUACAUGAAUUACAAUACUCUGCUCGUUUAAUGAUCUCUCCUCCUGUAAAUCUCUUGAACAAUACUAUAAGUUGUGUUAUUAUUUUGUAUGCUGUGGAUACACUUUGUAAUAAUGACUGUUGGGUGUUGUUUUGUUGCCACCAAACAGAAUUCACACACAAAUUUAUCUGCACAUAUACAAAAACACCACACUUUCUUUACCUUUUGAAGAAUGUGCAUUACUCAUGUUUUAUAUCUUAUAUAUAAAUAUAUAUAUAUAUAAACGCAUUUUGUAAAUGGACCAGUAUAGCCUAUGUGUUAGUGAGAAUGAAUUCACCUUAAGACUUUAUAGUGUCAUGUAUAUUGAAUUACUGCAUUAUAGUUGUUUUGCUUUUGUUUAUUUAAAUCUUGGUUUGGUAACAGAUAUUUGGAUGGCUAGUGUUUGGACUGGCCCACCAAACACACAGUUAGACAUUCCACUGAAUAUAAAACAAUAAACAGAGCAAUAAACUGUCAAUAGAGCA